UGCGUCAUACUUAUGCUGCGCGUUCUCGUUUCUGAUUGGUCCGGACGUUAACUCCUUUACGGCUGCGCACCGCCCCUCCCUCUUGUGCUGAAGGAACGAACAUGGAGACAGCUGGAAAAGUCAUUAAGUGCAAGGCAGCUGUUGCCUGGGAAUCUGGGAAGCCUCUUUCCAUUGAGGAGGUGGAGGUAGCCCCACCCAAGGCCCAUGAAGUUCGCAUCAAGAUCUUUGCUACAGGGGUGUGUCAUACCGAUGCCUACACUCUGAGUGGCAGUGACCCCGAGGGACUUUUCCCUGUCAUCUUGGGCCACGAGGGUGCUGGAACUGUUGAGAGCGUUGGUGAGGGUGUCACCAAAUUCAAGCCAGGUGAUACUGUCGUCCCGUUGUAUGUGCCACAGUGUGGCGAAUGCAAAUUCUGCAAAAAUCCCAAGACCAACCUUUGCCAGAAAAUUAGAGUAACCCAGGGCCGCGGCCUGCUCCCUGACAACACUUCACGCUUCACUUGCAAGGGAAAGCAAGUGUUUCACUUCAUGGGGACCAGCACUUUCUCGGAGUAUACUGUGGUGGCCGACAUCUCUCUCGCCAAGGUGAACGCGAAGGCUCCACUGGAUAAAGUGUGCCUUCUUGGUUGUGGCAUUUCUACAGGUUACGGUGCUGCUCUCAACACUGCCAAGGUUGAGCCUGGUUCCACAUGUGCUGUAUUUGGCCUUGGUGCUGUUGGCUUGGCUGUUAUUAUGGGCUGCAAGGUUGCUGGGGCAACCAGGAUCAUUGGUGUGGACAUCAACCCUGCAAAGUUUGAGAAAGCCAAGGAGUUUGGAGCCACUGAGUUUGUGAACCCUAAGGACCACAGCAAGCCCAUCCAGGAGGUUCUGGUGGAGAUGACUGACGGGGGUGUGGACUAUUCAUUUGAGUGCAUUGGAAAUGUGCAAAUCAUGAGAGCUGCUCUGGAGGCGUGCCAUAAAGGAUGGGGUGAAAGUGUCAUCAUCGGCGUAGCCGGAGCUGGACAGGAGAUCUCGACCAGACCUUUCCAGCUGGUGACGGGCCGAGUGUGGAGGGGCACAGCCUUUGGAGGGUGGAAGAGUGUGGAAAGUGUCCCUAAAUUGGUGGAAGACUACAUGAAUAAGAAGCUGAAGGUGGAUGAGUUUGUGACCCACACCCUGCCAUUUGAGCAGAUAAAUGAGGGAUUUGACCUCAUGCAUGCUGGAAAGAGUAUCCGCACAGUGCUGACCUUCUGAAGUACCUGAAACAUUGACAUCCUUCACAUUCGGCCUUUAAACAAUCUCCUUUCAUAGUUGCAGCACUUAAUGUAUGUUUCUGCACUUGUUUUGAUGACAUAACUUUCAGUAUUAGAACAUUUGUAUUAACAGCCCAAUACAUGUUUGAAACAAAAAAGUGUCAUAAAAAUAUUCUGAAAAUGAAUGUAUUAUCUGCUUUUCCUCUUGUUGCAGACUAACAUGAAGGCAUUUGGCUGUUGCUCUUAUUAAGAACAGUCAACAAUGAGUCUUUUUCAGCCCUAUUUAGUCACUCCUCCAAGGGUUCAUAGCGUGAAAACAGCAAUUAAUCAUAUUACAUAAGUGACAGUAUAAAGUACCACAUUCAUACUUAAUCCUCAUUAAUGCAACACAAUUUACCCUGAAAACACUUGCCAGACACUAAAUAUUGUGCAAGUAAACUUUCAUGAAACAUUU